AUGAAAAAAAAAAAAGGUUUUUCUGAAAAUAAAUUCCCACGUGAAGAUAUUUUUUUUAAUUUUAAUUUUUUUUUUUUUUUUGUCUUUUUCAAAUUUUCAUACCAAAUCUUUUUGUUAUUUUUAGAGAUUCCUUUUUUAAACAUUAAAAAAACUUGUUUCAAUUUGUUUCAAUUUGUUGAAACACCAUUAAAAGAAGGUGGUUGGGGUAUGUGGAAUAUACAAUUACGACAAGUUGCUCAAAAGAUUUGGAUAUACAACAGAUUUUUACAAAAGCAUAAAUCUGCAAACAAUUCAAUAUACAUGAUAAGUUGGAUGGAUCAAAUCAUCAACAAAUCAAUCUCUUCUCCAUACCUUAUAAAAAUCAAAAAAGAAUGGGAAAACUAUGCAACUCAAAUUGGACAUCUAAAAGAUAAAGUUCAAACCCUACAACCAAUAUUAACAAAAAACCAAACCUCUCAAACAUUAACCACAAAUAAUAUUUCACUACCACCAACACUCAAAGAAAUCUACUCGACAAUACUCAACAAUCACCAAUGUAAAUCAAAAGACUAUGUUGGCAAGAAAUAUUCAGAUAUACUUCUUACUUCGCACCAACAAUCAAUACAACUAUUAUGGAAAUACACAUACGACCAACUAUUUGUCAAAAUUCAAAAAUUAAAAGAUCCAAAAGGCCGUGAUACAAUGCAAAGAUUCCAUGCUAGAUGUCUUCCAAUUAAUCAUCUACACAACAAAGUUUGCCCCAUUUGCAACAAUGAAAUGAAUAAUGAUCCCUAUGGUCAUUUGUUUUUCAAUUGUCAGCACACAAUCAACUUCAUAAACCACGACAAAUUAAAAUAUUUUAUAUAUAAAAAUUGCAAUGGAAACAAAAACUGGUCACUAACAAAAAACCAAACAACAAAAUUAUACACACUCAUUUAUAAACCACAAACAAACAACAAAGCAUUUAAACCAGAUCCAACUAUCAAUAUUAAUUUUCAUUUAGCAGAAAACGCACAAUAUAAAAAAUACAGAUUCAACUGGAAUUAUAUAAACAAAUCUUGA